AUGCAGUCUCUAUGGAAUAGAGCCAGUCAGGCUCACCGCUGCGGUUGCCGCGUGUGUAGCACGUCGGUGAAUGCUUUGGGCAGAAGAACAACCACGGCAGCGGGUCGUCGCAAAGCAACUUUUGCUGAAAUCUUUACAGCAUGUUACAGCUCCGUGUUUGCAUCCGCCGCCGUCAUAGAUUCACUGCAAAAGGACAAGAGACGAAGAGAAUUGGAUCAAGAAUUGGAGCACGCAAGGCAAGAGCUUACCGAACUCAAGGAGAAGAGCAAAUCGGCGCCAUCACUUCACAGCACCAACCGCGAUGGACUCACCGUCGAGCAGAUGGACAUUCUUUGGAAGGCUAUGAAGCAGAUAAUCAACGAGCGUCCUUACAGAAAGAACGUUCUCUACCCAGCGACUCUUACUGCUUCCAGCGUCACGGAGUGUCUUCGCAAAGACUACUACAACUGCCCGACUCAGACGAUGCUCCAAAGAGGGCGGCACAUUGACUACGACGAUCUCGACCGUGCAAUACUGAACGAAAGCGAGCAAAGUUCUGCUCCAGGCUCCCGCACUGAGACACACCUUCGAAACGAAACUUUGCGAUUCCGGAGAUUGGUCAACGCCCUCCUCAAGCAAGCAGAUCGUAUGGACCGAACAGGCAUGCAAAGCAAGAGCUUUGAGCAAGCCAGCGAAUUGCUCAAUUGCAACACCCGUAUCAAUUAUUCUUUUAGAUCAGCUGAUCCCGAGGCCGCGCGGACCAUGACUCAAGAGCUCAAUGGGAGUCUUCGCAAAAUCCUUGCAACUCCCAUGUCGCUCAAAGAGAAAAUUGGUCGCCUCUGUUACAACAUGUUGAUCUCAACACAUGUACCGGAUAUACACACAUAUAACACGUUGAUCGCCGGGUUUGACAAAUAUGGCUUGCCCAUCAUGUCAGAUCAGGUCAUUUACUCCUUCUUCUAUGGGCGAUAUAUCAAACCUACAGAGUCAACCUUUGUAGCGAUUUUGAAUCACAACAAGCUGAGGAACAGGCCCGGGGAAUUCUUGCUCAACAUGGCGCGUAUCACCGGCAUGAACGAAGUUGGUGUCAAGCUGCGACGAAGACACCAGGAUUCAAUGUUGCGCUUUUUUGAGAGAAGGUGGUUGAUGACGGAGCGAGCAUCAAAAUCGAGAGCAGGCGAGUAUAUCAUGCAGCGUUUGCCGCUCACUCCGGAGCUGUUGGAAGAGAUGAUUAGAGGUUUGCUGCUCUUUAAGCUGUUUGAGCAGGCGGCUGUGCUAUUUGUUGGCUGCCUCAAAGCUGGCGUUACUUUGGCAAGCAAUUUGCUUCCCCAAUUACUAGACGAAUGCAUCUCGGCCUUGGAUUGGUCAGCCAGCGUGCGGUUGGUACGCGGUAUGAGCGAAUUCUCGCGACAGUGGUUUCAGAUUAUGGCCGAGAGUGGCCAUGACGGGCUUCAGCUGAUUAAUCGAGUGCACAAGCUGUUGGACCUUUGCGGAAUCAGUAUUCGUGGGCAAUCAUUACAUGUUACCGCCAGACGCCUGCAAAUUUCGGUACACGGACUGUCCGAAUUGAUCGGCGCUCUGAAUAGUACGGGUAUCUUCCUGGAACCGAGCAGUUUCAUGAACAAAUACGACCCAGCCAAGAGCCGAUGGCUCCAACUUGAGAGUAUUAGCAAGGAAUACAUCAAGGUGCGAAAAGCAACAAAAUCGAUUGAAAGCAAGCUGCUGAAUGCGGACCAUGGGCAACAAUUUCGCGAGGACUGUGCUAUUCACAUUAGCGAGUCGGCCUUGGAGCAAUCGAAGAAGCUGAGGAAGGAAUUCUACAAACUUCAUUUGAGUGGGCAGCAAACAGGUGAAGAGGAUGAGCAAGUGAGCAGGUCAGUGCGGGCUAUUAAGACUGUUCAGUAUCGGAGGACGCAUGGUAGGCCGAGAAUAGUUGCUGCGCAACUUCUCGCCUCGGAUCGCCAGUUGACGCUGCAAUCGAAACGCAAAUCGGUUUGGCGACCUCAUGCCACGGCAGUAAAUGCUGGGGCUGGCUCUACAUAG